CCAACACGAUGGACAACACAACUGAAACUGGAUGAUUCAUUCAAUCCUUUAUUCUCUGAAAAAUAUGAAUGAAGCCCAAACACUUACCACAACAUUAUUGACUACAGUCUGAUCAGAUAUCAAGACCUACGCUCGUGGCAGCUUAAGCAGAAACUGGCCCUACCAAAAUGUCGAGCAAACGCGCCUCCAUGAUGCCUCCGGCUCCCAAGCCUCCUACAUCCCUCUCGUCCUCCCUCGUCAUCGCAGAACACGCCUCGUUGACCGGCACGAAGCUUAUAACUCUGGGCUCAAAUACCGUCAUCCACCCACGAUCAAAGCUCAGCUCAGCAUAUGCUCCUAUCACAAUCGGCAACAGCUGUAUCAUUAGCGAACGAAGUCAAAUAGGCAUCCAAAACGAGCCAGAUGAGGAGGAAGCAGAUCCGGUCGUGAUAGAGGAUGGAGUUAUUAUAGAGGUCGGUGCUGUGGUCGAGGGGAAGAGGAUCGGUGAGGGUAGUGUCAUUGAAGUCAAUGCUAAGGUUGGCAGAGGCGCCGUGCUAGGAAAGCACUGCAAGAUUGGUCCGCUGUGCGAGGUGGCCGAAGGCGAAGUUCUCCCAGAUUAUACAGUAUUAUUCGGGAAUGGGAUGCGGCGGAUAGACAACAGCGGAGUAGAAGAUUUGAAGAUGAAGAUGGUUGCCCGUCAGGUUGAGGUCUUGAGGAAAUUGAUACCCAGCAAAAUAGCAAAAUUUCAAUAAAGGGUUUAAUUGAGCUAGUAAUCACCUUGUGUUCUUGGC